AUGACGGAUGCAAGACGGGAUGUGCAGAUCUCGAAAGCGCUGUCGUACCUGUUGCGGCACGGUGCAGCGAAGGAGAAGCUGCCAAUGGACGCAAACGGGUACGUCCCCGUGAGCGCGGUGCUGACACACCAGCGGCUCAAGUCGCACCGGUGCAGUCACGACGACCUCGUGCGCGUGGUCGAGUGCAACGAGAAGCAAAGGUUCCAUUUGCGCAACGUUGCUGGCGUCGAGGAAAUUGCCGCGACGCAGGGCCACUCUCUGCGGCUUGCACCGGACGAGAGCGUUCUGCAAAGGGUCACCGCGCCAUUGGACCACCCGCUCAUACAUGGCACCAACAUGGGGAGCCUGCAGCUCAUCCUACAGAGCGGUGCAGUCAAGCGGAUGCGCAGGAACCACAUCCACUUGUCCCGCGGGGUUGUUGGACAGGACACCGCUGUCGUCAGCGGGAUGCGCAAGAACUGCCAGGUGCUUAUAUACUUGAAAGUUAGUGAGCUCGUGGGACGGAUGCCAGUGUACCGGUCCUUGAACGACGUGUAUCUCACCGCGGAGGACAUACCCUUGGACCUCUUUGAAAAGGUUGUGUUCCGCGGGGUCGACCAGCUGGAUCUCUUCGACGUGACCACGCAGCUUGAUCAAUUGAACAUCCCGUACGAGUUUUAG